UUCUUUAAGUUUCUUCCUUUAAAAAAAGUAGGGCAGUCAAAAUUAUCGCGUUAACAAGAGGUAAUUAAUUUUUUAAAUUAAUCACGUUAAAAUAUUUGACGCAAUUAACGCACUUGCCCAGCUAGGACAGAUUUAAAUGACAGAAGAGUGAAAGGACCACUUGUUCAUUGUGUUUUGCGGAGUUUUGCUGCCCUCUGCUGGUGCUUGGGUGCGACUGAUUUUAUAGGCUUCAGCACCCAGGAGCAUUGUAGUUGUGACCAUGCGUUGCCUGGCUGCUCGGGUCAACUAUAAGACCCUCAUUGUCAUCUGCGCACUUUUCACACUUAUCACUGUGUUGCUGUGGAAUCGUUGCUCAAGUAACACCUCCCUACGAUUUUUACCCCGAGCUGCUUUGGUGGCACCAAGUCCCAGGGAGGCAGACAUCAGCUUGGGCAGCCAACAACACCCUCCACAACCUCCAGAACCCCCACCUGUUGUUGGAGGAACCAAAUAUGAUGAAAUUGACUGCCUGAUCAAUGAUGAAUCCACGAUCAAAGGCAGACGUGAGGGUGGUGAGAUCUAUAUGCCCUUCAGUUGGAUGGAAAAAUACUUUGAGGUGUAUGGAAAAGUGGUACAGUAUGAUGGCUAUGAUCGCUUUGAGUUUCAGCAUAGUUACUCAAAGGUCUAUGCACAACGGGAGCCGUAUCACCCAGAUGGCGUCUUUAUGUCAUUUGAGGGCUAUAAUGUGGAGGUCCGUGACAGAGUCAAGUGCAUAAGUGGAGUUGAAGGUGUGCCUCUGUCUACUCAGUGGGGUCCUCAGGGUUACUUCUAUGCCAUCCAAAUUGCCCAGUAUGGCUUGAGUCAUUAUAGCAAAAACCUGACAGAGCGGCCACCCCACCUGGUGGUUUAUGAUACAGCCGAGGAGAGAGAUAGCAGGGCCAGCAUGGCAAUGUGGAGUGUGCCAAAGGGCUGCAGUCUCACCCGUGUUCAGGACAAAAGCCGUGCUUCCUCAGUUCGUCAGUUCAGUACUCCAGAGUCAUUGGAGGCAGUGUCACUCCCUCUAGAUAACACCAAAGACUUCAUCCUCAGCUUGGACAUUAAAUUCACCUCCAACGGCAGCUUGUCUGUGAUCCUCGACACUACAGAAAAAGGCUCCCCUUUUACCAUUCGCUAUGUUACCAAUACUCAACUCAUCGCCUGCAAAGAUCGUCAAAUCACCUAUGGCAUAGGUCCGCGGACCACAUGGAGCACCCUGACACGCGACCUCGUCACAGACUUGAGAAAAGGCGUUGGUUUAUCUAACACCAAGGCUGUGAAAGCCACUAAGAUCAUGCCCAAGCGAGUCGUGCGAUUACUCUUACAAGGAAGGGGAUUUGUUGACAACAUCACUGUCUCUACCACUGCCCACAUGGCUGCCUUCUUUGCUGCCAGCGACUGGCUAAGACGCAACCAGGACGAACAUGGCGGGUGGCCCAUCAUGGUCACACGUAAAUUGGGAGAAGGUUUCCGGCCACUAGACCCUGGCUGGUACUCUGCAAUGGCCCAGGGUCAGGCUAUGUCCACCCUUGUUAGAGCCUACCUACUCACCAAGGAUCAGGCUUACCUCAAUGCUGCGCUGAAGGCAGUUGGACCCUAUAAGGUGCCGUCAGCGCAGCACGGGGUCAAGGCUGUAUUUAUGAACAAAUAUGACUGGUAUGAAGAGUAUCCCACCUCACCUAGUUCCUUUGUCCUCAACGGCUUCAUCUACUCCCUGCUGGGACUCUACGAUUUGAGCGAGACAGCCGGUGAGAAGCUCGGCAAGGAGGCAGGGCAGCUGUUCAGCCGUGGCAUGGAGUCGCUGAAGGCCAUGCUGCCUUUCUUUGACACAGGGUCAGGGAGCAUCUAUGACCUACGUCACUUCAUGUUGGGCACUGCGCCCAACUUGGCUCGCUGGGACUAUCACACCACGCACAUUAACCAGCUCCAACUGCUGGCAUCAAUAGAUAACUCUCCCAUCUUCAAGGAUGUGGUGAAGCGCUGGAAAAGCUACUUGAAAGGGAAUCGUGCUAAGCACAACUAGACAGACUUUGAUUCAGUGUGUGAAUUGAUGGUUGAUGACUGAAUGUGAAGAGCUUCUAGUGUGUGUGUCUGGGUGCAUUGCGGUGUAUAGUAUAUUUUCUAAUCCUAAAGAAUGUUUAAAUAGCUGCAGCUUUGAACAUUAGAACAUGUGUGCUCUGUUACAGGAGUUGUGUUCCCUGCAGCACUAAUUGUAGCACACAUUUUUAUUUGGGGGCAAGAGUUUGUAAUGCACAGACUUAGUUUCUGUUUACAUUCAUAUUUAAUUGUUUUUCUGCUUUGUUUUUGGGAACAGAUUUUAGGUCAUGUUAAAUGGUAGGCUCAGUUCUACAAUCAUUCACUAAUCUCCUUAGAUUUAUUUUUUUAAAUUGAAUCCCAAAUAUACCUAAAAGUAACUGUAAAUAUUUUAUAAUAUAUUAAAACAUGUUUGCAAGCGGACAUUUCCAAUAAGGAAUUCUAUCUUAACAUAUGCAUUACAAUUCUGCACUCAAACAAGAAUACAAAUAAGACGCUUUGGAUUACAAUUUGUUUUCACUAGUCCAUUGCAGUUUACGGGAACUAGACUUAUAUUAACACUAGUUUUGUGCUCAAGACCGCAUUCUCCGGGACCAAGACUUUUGGGAGUUGGGACUAAGACAAGCCCAGGACUAAAACAAACCGGUAUGAGACAAACAUUAUAAGAAUCCAUUGAAAAAAAUAUAUAUUAUAUUUUCAUGUUAAGGUUACAGUCAUUUAUAAGGAAGGUGGACUGUUAGUAGCACAAAAAGUAAACGUAUUAUUAUUACAGGUAGUUCCCGGGUUACGACAUACCCGACUUAGGUGAUUUCGACUGUACGACGCCGAAGUCUCGUCCGCUAUUUUGUCUCCAGUCGUGUAUUUUUUUUUCUUUAUGUUGACUUUUGUUUUUGUUAUGCAUGCUUUUAUUUUGGCGCAGAAAGCAUGGAACAGGUAGUACUUCCACACGCGAGUAAGAGCGCAUGUACACAUGUAAAAUGUAUUUGCGCGUACAAAGAAGAGCGCGCGCACACACAAAGAAUUCGCGCGGCUGUGUGGGGGGGAAGAAAGCCCGCGUGCACAUUUGUUGCUUGUGAAGCAUACAGAGAGGCAACAUUAGUAUAUAACACCUUUCGUACUGUUUAUUGUGCAUUUUCAAUUGUGGUCGAAUACUUGAGGAGAGUUUAUGUGAUUGUUUUUUAUGAUGUGCGGACGCUUACUGAUACAUGCUAAUUGUUUGUGUGGAUUGUUGUUGCUGUAUCAGCAGCUAGUUAUGCAAUUUUGAAUUGCUGUUAUUGAAGAGGAAACUAAUUUCAUUGUUAUUUUAGUUUCAUUCUGCAAGUGUUGAUUUCAUGAGCAGCUGAAUAAAUUCAGCAAACCACACGGACGUCUGACAUCGUUAUUCCGGAGCUUAGCCCGCUGUCUAGCUAGGACUUCAACGUCUUGGUGAGGAAGGUACAAUGACAUAAAAUACACUUUUGGAUAGUUCUUUUGAGAUGUAGGGGUAUUUAAAGGGUUUAGUCCGACUUACACGGAAAUUUGAGUUACUUCGCCAGCGUUGUAACGGAACUCGUUCAUAACCCAGGGACUACCUGCAUUAUUAGUUUACAAAGUGUUUUUCCUUUAAAUCACAGUAAUGUAGUUGAAUUGCUAGUCUUGAUAUGCCCUGUCGGCCUGUCCGUGAUUGACAAAAGACUAUGACUUGAUAAUCAAUACAAGACUCUCAAAAUGUAUUUUCGAGACUUAAGACCGGUCUUUAGUGGCAACACGAAUUAACACAAUGCUGCUACAGACACAAUGGUUGGACUUUAUUUGAAAACAUGUUAGCAGAUAUGUGUGUAAGGUCUAGUUUGAAUUCCUGAUGUUCAAUGAAAGCAGCGUGCAACAUGGUGAAAAAAGAAAAACUUGUGUGAAUUACCGUAAUUUCCCGAAUAUAAGGCGCACCCGUGUAUAAUGCGCACCCCAAAUUUACUUGUAAAAUUUGGGGGAAAUUAUUGUACCCGUUUAUAACGCGCACCCUAAUUUUAGCACCAAUAAAUAGAAGAAUACAAGAAAACAGAGCUCGUGUACAGAUACAGAGAUGUCAUUUUACUGACUGGUGAAACACAGCACAAGCAUAGCACAUUGGUAGUUCAAAACAUUACCGUAAACUGACAAUAUUUACGGUAAUAAUAUGAUUUGACAACUUCUCCAACUUACCAGAAUCUAGGAGAAAACAAAAAGGAUGUGACUUUUCUUUUAAAGGGUGCUGUAUAACUUGCUCGUUUCCUCAUGAUGAAUAAAUGUUUCUUCCAUGGAUUGAUACGGUAAAACUACUGAACUAUUGUUAUUUGGGUUUGAGUUUCCCGAGGGACCGAUAUAGUUGACGGACACAGGAAGUGUGUGUCCUUACAUUUGUUAUGCUCCGAAUUGUGGAGCUGCAAUAAACGUCGACUCAAAUGAGUUCAAGAAACUAAAUUCUGUGCUUUAUGAAGAGUGAAAAAAGCAGAAUUUAACACAGACGAAAUCACUCGGCCGAUUAGUGUGAAGUAUUACCGAAACAAAAUGGUGGCGUCACGUACCGUAAUGGUCCGCAACGGGUCGCCGCAUACGUUUCUUCAACACAACGUGGCCGUGUCAAUGAAAAAAAAUCGGUUUAUAUAUAUACUAUAUGUAAUACAUAUAUAUUUCUGUCUCCAUCCAUGUACCCGUUUAUAAUGCGCACCAUGAGUUUACAAGUUGAUUUUGGGGGAAAAAAGUGCACGUUAUAUUCGGGAAAUUACGGUAAUCUAUUUUAGAAAUGGUAUCUUCUCAACAUAAAUACUAUUGUGGCUCUUUCCUUUACAGUUUACAGGAUAAAAAAGAUGCUUUUCACUCCAUCCCCACAAAGGAGAUAAAAGGCAAGGUUAAUGGAGAAACUAUAUUGACUAAAUGGCUACAGUUUUAUACAUGUGAGGGUGGGAAGUAACCGCUAAUUAAGCUUAUUAAUUAAGCUUGUUUUAGCAUGAUUUCAAAUCCGUCGAUGUACUUAAUAAUAUAUGCUUAUAAUAAUAUAUAUACUAUUAAUAAUAGUGUAAUAUUUACUUUUGAAUAUGGGCAGGUUUCAGCUAGUUUUUCCACACAGUCGAAGCUGUUAAAGUGAGGUCGGUUCUCAGUAUUUUGUCGAUUCCUUAAUAUCCUUAAUUCCUUAAUAAAUUCCUAGCAAUCAAAUUGACAGCUUUUUUUUUUUUUUUUUUUUUUAAAGAGGGUUUUCGUGCAUUUCCUCUCUUUGCAACAUAAGAUUUUUAUUGGGCAGUUGGAGUUUGUUUUUUCUGAGAGUGCCUCAUUCAUUAUUUCAGUAUGAAUCGUGCAUUCUGUUUCCCAGUGUAGUUUUAUUUAGACAAUUUAAAUAUUUAAACAAUAUAGUGUGAGGCGACUCAAUAACAGGCUUAAACAGAUUUACCCAUUGCAUCACUCUUUGAAAUCUCAGUGAGUAGCGAAAACGUCAUGUAGGAUGAGUCAGCAAGGGACAUUCUUGCAGUGUAUUUUCAUUUUGAAGUAAAGUAGCCAGUAAUCAAGCUGUGCUUUCAACUACAACGACUCGGAAACAAAGUUUAUUUAAAAAUUGAACUAAAUACAGUGGUACUUCUACAUACGAAUUUAAGCCAUUCCAGGACCUAGUUUGUAAGUCGAAAUGGUCACAUGUCGAGUGGGAUUUUCCUAUAAAAAUUCAAUUAGUUCCACAGCCAAAAAACUAUGCUAAAUCCUUAAUAAAUACUGCUGGUACAAUUAAAAAUAGCAAUUACACAUAGGAAAACAAACGAAUUCCAAAUACAAAUCGGUAUGAUAAUAAUGUAACGAAAAGGGUUCUAACGUCGCAGUUGUGUUUUGCAUGCUGUUCCUGAACGCACAGUGUAACUGACAACAGAGUGAGAGGUGCAGAAAAGUGGGACAUUCUUACUUCCUAUUUUCAUAUUGUUAUUGGCAUCGGUUAUGGCGGACAGUAGCUGUGUUGUGUUGCACAAAUUCUAAAAUAAAUGAUUAAAAGCCUAAUGAAGCUGGUGACUUCCCUCCCAGUGUUACAAUAAUAAUAAUUGUCACCUUAACUUUUAAAGACUGGCGAAGGGUGGUCGGAGGAGAACCGUAGAGAUCGUAGACGUAUUCCGGCCAUAUUGUCUAGGCAAUUCACUGACGUGCACACCACGCUCAUAUAUUCUGUCAUUUCCAUUUUAAUUUCAAUGGUAAGUGUCACCUUUUUUCACUGCUUGCACUAACCUUCUUGGGGCCCAUGUUUCUCUCACAAGAAAGUCCACCGUGCGUCCGUCGUGCGGGAAAGCAAAUUGCGACGCUUUCAUAAAUCGUCAUAUUUUGAGCAUGUCGUCAUAUGUCGAGACAAAUAACGAGUCAAAUGUUACGUCGGAUGUCGAAAGGAUCGUAUGUCAAGGUAUCACUGUAAAUAUAUUGUUUCGACUAUGAUCAAAACCAAGACCAUGCACCAAACUGAUAUCAAUAUAGCAAAAAGGCAUCGAUACUUGUAUCUUAGGUAGAAAGGGCAAUGUAACUUGUGACGUAAUAAUGUUGCACUAUUUUGCCAAGGAUAUCACAGUACAGUUGUAAUGAUCCCUAUUUUCAGGACUCCCGAAAACUAUGAAACUGAAAAUAUGGAUGGAAAAUAAUUUUGUUAAUAAAUGCUGAGUACUGCAUGUAGAAGCUUGAGAUCUCUUUACCACCACCAACACCCCCCCCCACCCAGUAAAAUUGCAUUUUCACAAAAAAAAAAAAAAUCAAAAUAUUGCUUAUACAUUUCACAUUGAAGUGUUCAUAAUUUAAAGUUGGAAAAUGUACUCACCCAAUUUUGACCUCUGUGAAUCAGACAAGUCCUUCACGCUAAUUAGCUCACAUCGUUUGAUUAAUUCAACCUGAACCAAGGGUUUCAGUAUGAAGUUUAUUAUAACAAAGUUAGGACGAUUCACUUGGUUUUUGACAGCAUCAAUUUGAGCAAAAUGAACAAAAUGUGGAUGUUGCUCUCUGGAUGUUGCAUUGGUUACAUCACAAGGAUUAGCGAAAAACAAAACAUGAAUGUAAAUGUUUGAAAGGCAACAUCGUAAAAGAUAAUUGGUUGUUUAGUUACAAACUAUCGACAGUAAACAGAUGGUAGUUUUAUUAAGUGUGAAAUAUGUAACGUGAUAUGCAGAUUUAUACCGUGUGUUAAAAAAAAAACAUUUUGUUAUGAAAUUUGUUUAAAAUCCCACACAUUUGAAAGAUACAUUUCUAUCCACAAAUGGUAUUGUGGUCCCAUUACUCUGGUAUUAUGAAUACCGCCCAAGAUUGUGAACCGACCAUCUAAGUUAGACACAAUGAUGUAACUAUGGGGAUUAGUUUGGUACAAGUUGUCAUAAAAGACCUCUGACCUUUCUACACGUAUUCUAGCUGCAUUGUUUGCUAAAUGAAAUUGCUAAAAAGAAAAAAAAAUCUAUGAAUGCUGGAACUUUUUAAUAUUUCUUUCCCAGGAUUUGUUCUUGCCACUUUUUUUUUGUUUGUUUUUUUGUUUUUUUUUAAUACCAAAGUUGCAAUGUAGAGAAUAUUUAAAUGUGUAUAUUUUUGUGCAAAACCUUAAGCAUUUCAUGAAUUCAGUCAUCUUGGAAAUGUAUUCCAUGUGACUGUGCCUUUCAACUACCAACGGCUGUGCAGAUUCUAGUAAAACUUUGCUCUUCUGUUUUAAACAGGAAUGGGCAGAUAUCUGCACACUCUCUUCAAUUUUAGUUUGUAUUUACAUUUUCAAGUGGGUACGGGACGGGUUAUCUCUUUUUGUCUUUGUUUUAAAUGACAUACAGAAGAUUUUCAAUAUUUUUGCCUUGCAGACAAAAGCACAAGUUACAUUUGAGAUGUUUUUAUGUUUUCUUUAUUUUUGGCUCUACAUAUUAUUUCUCCGACAUGAGGUGCAAACAUCUAAAGAUAAAAGCAGCUAUUUUUCAGUGUGUCAUCACUAUACAACUAUAUUUUUCAUCAUUCUUCCCCCACACUAUCUAUUUGCAUAAUGGCCAUUGAGUCAAUGUAAUUUAUGCAAUAAAAUGUUAACUUUUGUUGUUUCACUACCUGAGACUGGGAGUGGUUGUACAGACGUGACAGUUGAAGCACAGUGUGCAAAUGCUACCAUUUUUAGUGACAUAGAGAUGUUUAUACACAAAGUAAAACUUUGUGCUUUAAAACUAGCUUUUUCAAAAAUGUAAAAGGAAAAAAAGAAAUAAAGGCAUUUUCUUAAUCUUGUGUGGUGGCUGAAAA